AUACUCUGUGAAGAUUCGUCUCGCGCACAUAUUAACUGAUGACCUUGAGCGAAAAAACAUGUAUUUCAGUUUCACUUGAAUAUGAUCGCUCAUCAGUCGCAAAAUAUUCUAGAUGAACUCAUCAAAGAUUUUGGAUGGACUCAUGAGUUCCUUUCUCACCCAGUCGAAUAUGAAAAAUGCUCUUAUUCACAAAAUCAUUGGGUUCCUGUAAAAUCUCUCACAAAACACAAUAAUUUUUGUUCAUUACGUCAACAAGGUUUUGUUAAGGAAGAGAUAGAUGCCAUGAUACCUAAUGCUAAUGUUUGUAUUGCUGAAUCUACACAACCUACAUCUGAUUGGACAAAUGAUCCAUCUUGGAUUACAAAUAUGCAGGCAUUUUCCACAGAUAAAUCCUAUCGAUCAUCUAACAGUUCAUCACAAGAUGUAUCCAAAUUAGAAGCUCUAUCUAUGAUGCGUGAUGCUAAACGACGUCGUCAAAGUUAUCGAGGAAUACAUACAGCAAGAAAAUCUUACACUGAAAUAUUACGUGAAAUUAUCGCACGGCAGACUGAAAUAUUGUCAACCAAUCAAGAAUCGUUAGAACACCAAUCUGAAGAUCAAAGAAGAUCCAGUAGUGUAGAAUCAUUUUCAAGUAAAACUGAAAAUACUAAUCAACGGAAUCACUAUUCACACAAAUACAAAACAAUGAAUGCAUCAAGAAUACGACACUCGUCUCCUUCAUGUUAUCCGUCACGAUCAUCACGGUCACCAUCAACAUCCACAACAACAACUCGACAUCAUAGAAGAAACAAUGAAACUUCUAAAGAAGCAUCCAAAUCAUUUUUCAAAGAUAAAUCCCAUCAUCACCAUCAUCAUUCAUCAAGAUCAAACAAAAGACAACGAUCGGCGUCACGGUCACCGUCAACGUCAUCUAGACAUGUCACAUCUAGUUCCACGGCAAACAAAAGUCGUCAUCAUGAUCAUCAUGUUGAUGAUAUUCGUGGUGAUGACGAUCAUCAUAGUAAUAAUAAUAAUCUUGAUAUCCCUGAAGAGUCUUCACAACAUAAAACGUCGAAAAAACACAAAAAACACUCGAAACAUAAACACAAGCAUAAAAGUAAAAAAUGAGCAUUUCCAUUGUGUUUUUUUCUUGUGAUUUACUUUUUCUUACUAUCUUUUUUUUUUGAAAAAAAAGGAAAACAAUAAAUUCUUUGAAUGAUACACUUGGAAAUGAAUGCUUAAAAAGUUAAAACACACCCGUGAAAACAUUACCUUUUGUUACACAAUAGAUUCUAUUCAACUAGCUAAUGAUAUUGUCCUUGAUUUCUCAGAUUGUCUUAUUGUCUAGAAAUGUACUUAUGUUUGUUACUCUUGAUGAAGCAUAGGCAACCGACUAGCAUUCCUCUAACCAGCCCUUUAUCCUGAGGACCGUCUGUUCCAGUUCAUGCUAUGGCUAACCACUAUUCAUCUCUCUACUUAUCAUAAGUAAAAGUAUUCACAAUCAAAGUUUAUGUACAUAAAUAAAUAUCUCUGAAUUGUUCGUUUCGUAUCAUACAUCUUUUUCGCA